AUGUCCACAGAAUCUUUAUUGACAAAAUUAUCGAAAGAUAUUGGUAAAUUAGUGGAUUUUAAUGAUAGACACGAUGUAAUAAUUAAAGUAGGAGUUACACCAAAUCAUCAUGAAUUUAAAGCUCAUUCUUUAAUAUUAAGAGCUAGGUCACAGUACUUUUAUACAGCUCUUUCAAGUGAUUGGGCAAGAAAUCAAGAAAAUAUCAUUAAAUUUGAGAAACCCAAUAUUUCUCCUGAUAUAUUUGAUGCUAUUCUACGGUAUAUAUAUAAUGGAACGAUUGAAUUAGAAGAUAAAGAACUUUCAAAUAUAUUAGAUUUAUUAUGUGCAGCAGAUGAAUUGAUGAUUGAUGAAUUAUUAGAUUAUGUUCAAACAUAUUUAAUACAGAACAAAUUAAGAUGGAUAGAUGAUAAUUUAAUUGAAAUCCUUAAUAUUACAACUUCAAGGACUACAUUUACUAUAUUAAAAAAUUUUUGUCUUGAAGAAAUUACAUUAUUAAAUCCUUCAAUUUUUGAAUCUGAAACUUUUUUAAAUAUGGAUGAAAGUUCUUUAGUAGCUUUAUUGGAACGUGACGAUCUUGGAAUGAGUGAACCUGAAUUAUGGGAUUGUGUUUUGAAAUGGGGUAUAACAAACACCCCAUCUUUAAGUUAUAAUAAAAAUAUAAUUAGCAACAAUAAUAAUCUAAUAUCAAGAGAUUACAACGAUUAUGAAUGGACUUCGGAAGAUUUCGAUGCAUUGAAAAAAACGUUAAAAAAUUGUAUUCCAUUAAUUAGAUUCUUUCAUAUUUCACCAGAUGAAUUUUAUACAAAAAUAAAACCAUAUUCUAAAAUAAUAUCAAAAGAAUUAUUAAAAGAUAUUAUAAAUUAUCAAUUCACAGAUCCUUCAAAUUAUAAUAUACUACCACCAAGAAAAUGUAAUAUACAAAUUGAUUCCAAGUUAUUGAACCCAAAACAAGCAGCAGUAAUAGCAAGUUGGAUAAAUGAUAGUCAUGAAUUACAUUCAUCAAAAUCAAUUCCAUAUACAUUUAAGUUAUUAUAUAGAGCUUCAGUUGAUAAUCCUAGUUUAUUUCAUGAAAAAUGUGAUAAUGUUGGACCAACUAUAGUUAUAGUUAAAAUUCGAGAUAAUAAUUGUUUGGUUGGUGGUUAUAACUCUCUUGAUAUUUCUUGGAAAAGAUCUUGGUUUAAUUCCUCUAGAGGUUCAAAAGAGUGUUUUAUUUUCUCUAUGGAUUCUUUUAUUAACCCAACCACUUUAGAUAAUAAUGUUAAAUUAUCUAAAGUCAAAACAGAAUAUAAAAACUAUUCCAUUUAUGAUCAUCCUUGGGAUGGAAUUUGUUUUGGUACUGGCCCCGAUCUUUGGGUUAAUACUAAACCUAGCAAUCCUAUUGGUUAUACCAUUAAAAAAUGUUAUCAAUCUUCUAUUAUGAAAUCGGAUACAUUCUAUUGGGAAGAUUGGGAAGUUUUUUCUGUACAAAGUAGUAGUUAA